AUGGGCACCAUGGAAGUUAUCCCAGAUGAGAAAUCUAGUCAAUCUAAUGGAAACAAAGAAAUUUACAUUCUUGUUGUGGAUGAUGAUCUUAAAUGCUAUGCUAUGGUAGCUGAAAUGAAUCAACAUUACACUACUUAUGAAGGUAUGUAUUCUAUUCCUUAUUUUGAAUUCGAUCAAAGUUUACUAGCACCAUAUCGAGUUAAUGCUACACGCUUUGUUUUCCUAGAAUUGCAUAUUGGAGUUGCUCGUGAGGUUUUAGAGACGAUGGAGAAAAGAAAGGACAAAUUCGAACUUGUUUUGACAAAUGUUUAUAGGUUAGAAUCGUGUGGGCGUGAGAUUAUCCGAUAUAUAAAUAAGCAGUUCAAUCUUCCCGCCAUUUUAAUGUAUCCAGACAAUAUGAAGAUAGCAUCGAAUGGUGAAGAACAUAGUAUUAAUGGAAAUGUAGUGUAUUCAUUUAGCAAGGAUAAAUUAAAUGAGAUUUGGCAAAUUGCAUUCGAGAACGUGAAAGACAAAACGAUGGUACAAGUGAGUUCUCAAAAGACAUCUAUGUCGUCUGAAGAUACUAAUUCACCAUCAAUUAGUGAAUCAUUACGAGUUCAUCAGAAACGAAGGAGAGAAGAAAAUAGAAAUAAAAUUGAACGAACUCGACGUGGAAAAGAUAAUUCUUCCAUGAAGAAGAAACCAAGGAUGGUGUGGACCAAAGAAAUGCAUGAUUUAUUCGAGAAAGCCAUUGAAUUAUUAGGCCAAGAUGAAGCAGUACCAAAGAAAAUAGUUAAAAUAAUGGACGUUCCAGGGUUAACUAGAGAAAACGUUUCUAGUCAUUUGCAGAAAUAUCGUGAUAGCAGAAAACGAGAUGAAGAUGACACAAGCAAAGAAAGUCGACAUAAGGGAUCAUUUUCUUUGCCAUUGGGUUCGAUUUCAAUACUCGACUCCUUGCAAAGGAAUCCUUUUCUCAAAGAACAGAGUUACGCGACACCUUUUCAACAUCGACCUUAUUUGUUGAACUAUCAGAUGGACACUCCAUACCUAAAUAAACGACAUAUACCUCUUGGGACCGUUUCAGAGACGAACAAUUACUCAGAUCUCGGAAGUUCAGGAAACAGAAGCCAAGAUAGCUUGGAACACUCGCAACAUAUGUACAUUCCCAGGGAACAAGACUUUACGCUAUAUGAUCAAACUAAGAAUGUUGGUGACUUCAUUGGACUGAAAUUGGCAAAUGAUGGAAAGUCAAUCGAGUUUGGAAAAAGUAAAGUAUUCCAUUCAGGAACUACUGAGUUUAAUGUCCUUGAGCCAGCAUCAUCCAUGAAUCAGAACAUGAUUUUAAAUCAGUACCCUUCACCCUCCAUUUCUCAACAGCUUUCUCCGAUGACAGCAUUCAUGAGUCAUAACCAACUGAACACGACUCCAGACCAAAACCUGUCAGCAUUGUUCGACUGCAUAUCCCAAGAGCCGUCUCUAUUAGAAAAUUCUCCAAACGAACAAGAUUCUAAGCCAAUUUUAAGACCUACAAACGAAAAUCAAGCAGUCCAAUACUCAUCUGAAUUGCCAAGUACGGCAAAUAAAGACGAUUUCCAAUGUACUUCAACAUCAGGACAUAGCAUCUUGCAGCAGAAACCUGCCAUGCAAUUCUUAGAAACUUUCAAGAAUGAUCAGGGCACUUCAGCACUUCUCUCUGAUCAAGAUAUGGAUUGGAAUGAAGUAUGGCCGCUACCAUUACCACAAACGCCGCAACAAAUGAAUGAUUUUGUUGAUUUUGUCAAUAAAGAGAAAAUGGAAAAUAUGUUACUACAAGUUAAUUUGGACGACUUGAACUUUGAGCAAAUUUUUGAAAAUGACGAAUCAAUAAUGUAA